GGGGGACGCUCCAAGCCGCCGGCGUGCUGCGCGUCUCCGCUUUGAGGCUGCUCGGAGGACGCUGAGCGACCGACCGGUGGGCUUCAGAGAGCCCGAGUGCGGCUGAGCUCCGGCGGGACCCGGCGCCUCACGACCCCGAGAGCCGAACGGGAGGGAUUCCUGUCACCGGGGCACCCGAGGAGUAGCCAGGGUGCAGCCCGUAGGUCCGGCUUGGGGCGCUGCGCGAGGAGCUGGGUUUGUAGCUGACUUCCACUGUGCUGUCUGUGCCGGGUAGAGUUACGCUCCGCGCCUUUGUACAUACAGGAGCCGGCGCCUGCUGGGGCAGGGAAGGAGCCGGGAUGGCCUGGGCUCUGAAGCUGCCGCUAGCCGACGAAGUGAUCGAGUCGGGGCUGGUGCAGGACUUUGAUGCUAGCCUGUCUGGCAUUGGCCAGGAACUGGGUGCUGGUGCUUAUAGUAUGAGUGAUGUCCUUGCAUUGCCCAUUUUUAAGCAAGAAGAGUCAAGUUUGCCUCCUGAUAAUGAGAACGAGAUCCUGCCUUUUCAGUAUGUCCUCUGUGCUGCCACGUCUCCAGCGGUGAAGCUCCACGACGAGACCCUGACGUACCUCAAUCAAGGACAGUCUUAUGAAAUCCGAAUGCUAGACAAUAGAAAACUGGGAGAACUUCCAGAACUCAACGGCAAGCUGGUGAAGAGCAUAUUCCGUGUAGUGUUCCAUGACAGGAGACUGCAGUACACUGAGCACCAGCAGCUGGAGGGCUGGAGGUGGAACCGACCAGGAGACAGGAUUCUCGACAUAGAUAUCCCAAUGUCUGUGGGUGUAAUUGAUCCCCGGGCCAAUCCUACCCAGCUAAACACAGUGGAGUUCCUGUGGGACCCUUCAAAGAGGACAUCUGUGUUUAUUCAGGUGCACUGCAUCAGCACUGAGUUCACGAUGAGGAAGCAUGGCGGGGAGAAGGGGGUGCCGUUCCGCGUGCAGAUCGAUACCUUCAAGGAGAAUGGGAAUGGAGAGUACACGGAGCACUUGCACUCAGCCAGCUGCCAGAUCAAAGUAUUCAAGCCCAAGGGUGCAGACAGAAAACAAAAAAUAGAUAGAGAGAAAAUGGAGAAACGGACGCCCCAUGAAAAAGAGAAAUAUCAACCUUCUUAUGAGACAACCAUACUCACCGAGUGUUCUCCAUGGCCUGAGAUCACCUACGUCAACAAUUCUCCAUCCCCUGGCUUCAACAGCUCCCAUAGCAGUUUCUCCCUUGGGGAAGGAAACGGCUCGCCCAACCACCAGCCAGAGCCACCCCCUCCAGUCACAGACAACCUCUUGCCAACAACCACGCCUCAGGAAGCCCAGCAGUGGCUGCAUCGAAACCGGUUUUCCACGUUCACGAGGCUUUUCACCAACUUCUCAGGGGCAGAUUUACUGAAACUAACUAGAGACGACGUGAUCCAAAUCUGUGGCCCUGCAGAUGGAAUCAGACUCUUUAAUGCAUUAAAAGGCCGGAUGGUGCGUCCAAGGCUAACCAUUUACGUCUGCCAGGAGUCGUUGCAGUUGAGGGAGCAGCCACAGCCGCAGCCGCAGCAGAAGCGGGCGGAUGGGGAUUCAAAUGGUACUUUCUUCGUGUACCACGCUAUCUAUCUAGAAGAGCUGACAGCUGUUGAACUGACAGAAAAAAUUGCUCAGCUUUUCAGCAUUUCUCCUCACCAGAUCAGCCAGAUUUACAAGCAAGGGCCGACAGGAAUCCAUGUGAUCAUCAGCGAUGAGAUGGUACAGAACUUCCAGGAAGAAGCCUGCUUUAUUCUGGACACAAUGGAAGAAACCAGUGAGAGCUAUCAUGUCAUUCUCAAGUAGGACGAGGUUCCGACCUUCGAUGGCUGCUGCUGCCUUCACCUCUUGACGGCUGCCUUUCCCUCUUCACCUUCUGAAGGGGACAUGACUGGAGAUUAAAAGGCUUCAGGAACCUGGCACAUCUGAAUGUUGGGGGAGGGGGGAGGCGUGUCCAGUGCAGGGUGAGCAGGCCUCAAGGUGGAAUCCCAGAGUCCUGUAUUGGCCCCUCCUGUAUGACGUCCUCUGAUCACUGGCCGGACAUGGAGUCAGCAGUUUCCUCACUUUCUGGCCCCUGUUGAUACCAGUAAGAAACCCCAUCAUUAUGGUUGGUGGAGGGCAGAGUGGUAAUGGGAGUCAUGGGAUGUUUUCUAGGAAGAUGUUUAGUUUUGUGAUAUAGAGCUCUGACAUUUUACUCAUAUAAAAGUGAACAUCUGUCUUCAUAUAAUCAAGCUCUCUC